AUGCAGUUGUUCAAUCUGGGCAAAAAGAAGGAAAAGAAGAAACACAAGCGUAAACACGGCGAAGAAAACCCGGAGAAGAACGAGAAGAAAGACAAGGAUCCCAAGGACAAGAAGCACAAGGACAAGAAGCACAAGAAACAUAAGAGAAAGAGCGGGCAUAAGAGUACGUUUUUUUGACGAUGAGAUCAUCUCCAAAGGUCCUGUUUGGUUUUGCUAAGAAUGUAAGGAAAAUUUAGGUCAGAAUUUUUUUAAGGUAAUGUAAUCUUUUUUUAGUCCAAAUUUUUUUUAUCAAGCCGAUUCUCCUACUUUUUCGUGCUCUCUCGGGAACGGAUUGCAUAAUGUCUCCACUGCGGACAAAAAUGAUGAUUUCAAGUUUUUCGCGAUAGUUUGGACCAGAUUUUUAAAAUCCUUGGAAAUGAGAGAGUCAUGAGAGAGCCGUGUUGUAUUUGAGUGUCUUUUCUGUUGGUUUGAUAGUCUAAUUGCGUCUUUGCAGAAGUCGAUGAAAAACCGCUCGCACCAACACCAAAGCCGGAUCCACAGAAGCUAGCCGGUGGGUUUAUUUUUUUAUAAUUGCGUUUCCCAGGGCGAACGCAAUUAUAAAAAAUUAUCUUGGCCUUGUUUUAGAUGUUGGCAAUCUCCCGGCUCCUAAGCCGUCUUCUCCACCCAAACAGGAACCCCUUCCGUACGCUGCGACCCCAAAGCCUUCCAAUCAGACCGACGGAGCCGGGGUUCCCUCUCCAACAGUCCCAUUGAAUUUGCCAAAGGAAAAGCCGCUGGAGAAACCGAAGGUUAGUUUAAUGUUAGACUAUCUCGAAGUAUCUACUGAAGGCUAGGAUUUAAUAGACAUAGGUUGCAUUGGACUUAAAGAGACGGGAUUUUUAGCUCAAAGCAUCUCCAUCGAAAGAGAAACCCGAAAAAAAGGUUGAAAAAGUGAAGAUGCCAUCACCAAACAAAGCAGAGCAAAUCCAAAAAGAAGCGGCCGAAGGAAAGGAUAAGGCCAGGAAAAGCGACGAGAAACCCACAUCGGGAAAGGCAAUGGUCAAGAGACGAAGAGGGAAAUAUGAUACCGACGGUAAAGAACAAAAUUUGGACGAAAAAUUUUGAAUUUUUUUUCCAGAACCCAAUUUCAAAACUUUGAGAUCUCAAUUGGUUCCUGUAGAGCCUUUCGCUGAGAGUUCGCCAGGAGUAGGUUUUUUUUCAGGAGUAGGCUUGUAAAAAGAGCUUCAGACCGAAACGUUUUGAUCAAUUUUCCAGGACAAGACCCCAGAAGGCAAAACACCCCAUCAAUUGACGCCCACUCCACUUCCGCUCGCCGAAAAUGCAGAAAAAUCAGCCCCAACCCCCAAGUUUCACGGCACCGAUGCUCAAUAUCGCGGCGUCUCCUCAGCGGUUACGACAACCACUUCUACGGACGCGAGCGGAACGACCAGCGGAACGAACCUCACCACCGAUACUUCAGUCCCGGCCGGAACAAGUAGUGUAACUACGAAUUCCGAUCCGAGUAAGUGGAACAAUAAGGAUUGGGAUGUGUGAUGUUUAGCCACAACUCCAGUCAUAACUCCUCAGAACUCGACACCAGCACAGACUCCAGAACCCGAUCCUGCGGAGAGAUUCAAGUCCCGAAAAGGAAGAAUCAAAGUGUAUAACGAGGAUGUGGUGCCAGAAAAGAAGAAAAGCCCCAGCCGGAGAACAAAGCAGACCCCGGAGGUGAUUCAGGAAGGAAAGGUAAAUUUUUAACAAUCCAUUUUGUCAUAGGUCAUCGCUGAAUUUCAUUCGGGGAAUGAUCAAAUUUAGGGCAUGUAAUCUUAUUAUCCAACCGUCCAAAUGCCCGUUGGCAAGACAUUUGGAUGUUCGGAUGAGAAGAUUUCAAGCCACAAAUUCAAGCUAUCACCGUAAUUUUCCAGAAACGCCUAUCUCCCCUAAUUGAGCCCACCCAGGAGCCCAGCGAAGAAGUUCCGAACAUUGUUCCGAUCGACAAUUCCAAGAAAAGAAUUCGCGACAAGUACAUUGAACCCACGCAAACGAGUAGUGGCCAGUACCAGCCAAGUCAGCGACAGCUGGCAGUGAACAUUAACGAAGUCAUGAGGAUUGCCACCAUCAUGAUGAAAGGUGGAACCGACAUUCAAAGACGGGUAAAAAUAUGACUAUGUAGCGAUACCAUAUCUUACAGCGCUCCUUCGAUUGGCUCGCCGAGCAUCGGAACUCGAUUCAUGAGGAGCGCCGAGAAGCUGCGCACCAUCUGAAUUUGGCGAUUGGAGAUAUUCCAAUAGCUCGAGAAUUGGCUGUUGCUACUCUCCGUGUGCUGGUGGACCAUGGACUGGUUACCGAAAAGGAAUAUCGAGACCACUUUGCGGUGAUCGAGAGCGCCAAAGAACACCAACAUAUCACAGUCAGCCAGCUGAGCCAUUUGGUUUCGACGCAUGCUGCCUAUUACAACAAAAAGGAGUCGGAAUAG